AGUGUAACGCUGAGAAUGGGCUUUGUAGAGUGCCCGUAUCAUACGUUUAGAUUGACUUUUGACCUUCUUGGCAUUAGACAGCCGGUGAAAAGCUUUUGUCUAACGAGACACAGGAUCUUAUUUUGCUUUUGAAUCACUCAAAAUCAAUUCGAUAAUGCAGACUGCAAAAAGAAACAGGUUUAUCCGCGUUGCUCACAUUUUAAUCGUAGAAUAUAAUCACAGGAAACUAUAUUAAGUAUUUUUUUAUUCUGUAAAUCGUGGCUCUACUAAAUAGUAUUUACGGUACUGGGAGUAGCUCCAUUGCUCCAGUCUGCUGUGAUUUACGCGAUGGAGUGACGUAUGCUCGGGAUCAUUGCCAAGCUGCUAUCAGCACACAUCACUCUGACCUAUGCUCCUAUUUAAUGUUACAGCAUUGUCACAGACUGUGACACCCUCUGCCUCAAUGUACUGAAAUGUCAGCCACUGAAACAGGUGGCAUCCUUUACCUUUGGGAUGUUCUGGGGACCAUCACCCCUGGCGGGAAGUGGGGUCUCUGGUGCUUCAGUUUUAGUGACCAGGUGUAAACUCAGAGGAGGUCCCCACCUCUGUGUACCAACUGUCUAUAGCAGCUGUCUCAUACAGAAUGGGGGAAGGAAUAUUUUCUACACUCUUCCCAUGAAAACAAGACUGUUUUUUAAGGCUGCUGACAAAGCCAGACUUUGCCCACCACUCUGACCAGUCAUCACUCACAUUCGCACUAUCCUGAAUGACCGCACCCUAGUUGUACUCCGGAUGUGUACCUUUUGUACUUCUACAAGACAGUGCAUCUGUAGCCCAGCUCUCUGUGUCAUCCUGACAACGUGACUUCUUAACCUGUCAUCACCUCGCUGCCCUCAUUCUUCACUUAUUCAGUCAGAGCCACAGCUAACGAUUUUCCCACCAGAUUACUCUGAAGAGUGUGGUCUGGAAAUACUCCACCCUACACCCCCCAUCUCUUGGGACUCAGGAUGGAGGAAUGUAACAGGCUUUAGAAGAAGGGAAGCCUAAGCUCCACACCCUCCUCCUCCUCACCAAGUCUCCCUGAUGGUUUCACACACUGCUAAUCCCAGGCAUCUAUCUAGGACAUGAAGGAGGGAAGGUGCAUGCACUGGAGCACCAGCUGAGCCUGUAAAAGCCUCUUGAUGGCUCAUUCAAGGCAUCAUCAGGCUGCUUCUGCAUCAACAGUAACCGCACACUGUUGUCUCCACGGGGGUUGUUUAACUCUAUUUUGCAACGCUGCAGGGACGCAGCAUUAUAAUAUUUCAGGAGAUUGGCCGUGUUGUCUUUUCUUCCUCAAAGAAACUGAAACUGAUGAAGAAAUUAACAACAGGAAAAUGCAACAAAGGCCAGAAUUCAUAUACUGUAUGUGUUGCAGGCAAAUAACUAAAAUAACACGUCCCAGAUCUGAAUGAAUGAAAUGUUCUUAAUAAAUACUUUACUGUUUUCAUAGUUGAAUGUGCUGACAACAAAAUCACACAAAUUAUCAAUAGAAAUCAAACUUUUUAACCUAUUGAGAUCUGGAUUUCGAGUCAGACCCAAGUGGAAAAACACAGUCUGAUCCAACUUUGAUGUAAUGUCCUUAAAACAAGUCCAAAUGAGGCUCCGUAGUGUGUGUGGCCUCCACGUGCCUGUAUGAGCUCCCUACAAUGCCUGGACCUCCUGAUGAAGUGGUCUCCUGAUCUCCUGGAUCUCCUCCCAAACCCGGACUAAAGCGUCCGCCAACUCCUGGACAGUCUGUGGUGCAACGUGGCGUUGGAUGGAGCGAGAUACGACAUAUCAGAUGUCUGUUGGAUUCAGGUCUGGGGACCGGGCGGGCCGGUCCACAGCAUCAAUGCUCUCACAGGGGGUCUGAGGAGCUCAUCCCGGUACCUAAUGGCAGUCAGGCUGCCUCUGGCGAGCACAUGGAGGGGUGUGCAGCCCUCCAGGACGUUCUCCAUGGCAUCUGCAUCACAGACUCUGUCAUGUCUGUCACAUUCUCAGUGAACCUGCCUUCAUCUAUGAAGGCAGGUUCAUGGUGCACGGAGUUUGGCUGUGACCAAAACCCCCACAUGUGCUCGUCGGGCCCUCAAACCACCAUCAUGGAGUCUGACCGUUUGAGCAGACACAUGCACUCACUCAGUGUUGCUUCCUACAGUAAGUGGGCAGUUUGAUUUCACAGAAGUGUGAUUGACUGGGAGUUACAUUGUGUUGUUUAAGUGCACAAUGCAGAGUCUUGGACAGCUUCAAGAUUCAAUGUUUAUUAUUUGUCACAUACAAUGUAAGAAGUACAGUUUGCAGUGAAAUGUGAGGCAGGAACACUCCAGAGACUGUGCAGAAUGAAAAUGAAUACACUAAAUAAACAGAGAAAGAUAAAAAUAGAAUAAAAUAAAAUACAGGUAGAUAAAUACCCUCGAUUCACUAUAAAGCCGAUUUGCGGACAGAAACAUUCUCUGGUUUGGAACAUGCUACAAUAUGGUCAACAUUUAGUCACAUUUACUUAGGAACUGUAGAAAAGUCUUCACUGCAUUUAAAUUCCAGCUAUAGUUAUUACUUUGAAAUCAGACAAAUGAUAAAUAUGUUUUAAAACAUUAUCAGCAUAUAAAUUAUAGUGUUACAGGUUAAAGGAAAUUCAACUUAAAUAUGAAUUGGAAGAAGAGUUAAAUCCACUUUUUGCAGUUUAAACUUUAAAGUAAUGCAGAGGACAGUAAGUAUAAUUCAAUGAUUUAUUGUAUGUACUCAUUCUGACCAGACCAUAUAUGCUUUAGGAAAAUUUAGUUCUAAUCAGUUCUUUGUUCUGUGCAAACAUAGAACUUACCAGCAGGAGACAAAGAUAAACCUACUGUAACUGGUUCCUUGAACUUAGUCAAAGUGAACAUGCAACAGAGCAUCCUCCAGUGGGACUGUGGUCCCCUGCUGCGCUUCCCCUCUGAGACCCCCUCAGAUUUAGUUUGCUGCUCCAACUGUGGGCUGAACACUGCAAUCUGAGCCAAUGAAAGUCAGGCGGCAUUGAUUAUUAUAAAUUGUAAUUACACGGGCUGUUGAACAGUCAGCUCACCACAGCUUUACAACCUUCUGAAACUUCAGGUGAGCCUAAUUUUCAGUGAAGUCCAGCAUUCCUGAAACCAAUUUGAAAGAUGUUUGCUGUGUGCACUUAAUUUACAACAUUUGUGUAUCUGUGUCCAUGUGUGCUGGUGCAGGCCUGUGUGCCAUGGAUCUGUGUGUGACCAUCAAAGGGGUCUCCUUCCUCUUGCAAACAGGUCUGGGGGUACUGGGGAACGCGGCGGUCCUGCUGGCGUACGCCAACAUCCUUCUCACUGAAACCAAGCUCCUUCCUGUGGACGUGAUUCUGUGUCACUUGGCCUUCGCCAACCUGAUGCUGCUACUGACGCGCUGCGUCCCCCAGACGAUGACUGUGUUCGGGAUGACGGAGCUGCUGAAUGACGCCGGCUGUAAGGUGGUGAUCUACGCCUACCGGAUCAGCCGCGCUCUGUCAGUCUGCAUCACCUGCAUGCUCAGUGUGUUCCAGGCAGUGACCAUUGCUCCCACUGGGCCCCAUUUAGCCCGGCUGAAGCCUGCGCUCCCCUCCCUGGUCCUCCCAACCUUUGCCGGACUGUGGAUCCUCAACAUGGCCAUAUGCAUUGCAGCUCCGUUCUUCUCUAUGGCGCCGCGCAACGGCACCGUCCCUGCCUUCACCCUUAACCUGGGCUUCUGUCACGUGGACUUCAGGGACAACCUGUCCUACGUGAUAAAUGGGGUGGCUGUGUCUGGCAGAGACUUCGCCUUCGUCGCCCUCAUGCUGGGCUCCAGUGGUUACAUCCUGCUGCUUCUCCAUCGCCACAGUCGCAAAGUGAGGCAGAUCCGCCGCGCUCAGAGUGGUGGAUCGGAGACCAGGGCUGCCAAAAUCGUGGUCACGCUAGUCAUUCUGUAUGUGGUCUUCUUUGGGAUCGAUAACGUGAUCUGGAUCUACAUGCUGACAGUGGAAAAGGUGUCGCUGGUCGUUGCUGAUAUGAGAGUGUUCUUCUCCUCUUGCUACGCGUCUAUCAGCCCCUACUUCAUCAUGUCAUCCAACAAGAAGGUCAAGGCCAAGAUUGUGUGUGCAGCUGAGCAAAGCCAACUGUCUGCAGACAGCCAGCGGCCGGAUGACAAAUGACUCCAUCUCUGUCACCGGCAACAGUUGACAGCUUGAGCUUUUUAGAUCGCACAAUUUCGAGCACUUGUGCACAAAUGAUUGUUAUUUAGUUAAGCAAUGAACCCAGUAGAAAAUAGUACCAGAGCAUGGGGUCUUUCAAGAGUCUUCUGUGUACAUCUCAUAUACAGCAAAUAUAUAAUAUAAAGGUCUCUAUA